AUGCGCAAAGGGAUGCACAAAGAACCCCAGCCGUGCUCUUUGCGGCCUGCAUCCGUAGUAGAAUUUGACGAGUUGUGCAAAGAGUCCCCUGUAAUGCGACAUAUCGCCCAAAGCGAUAGGGCCGCAGGGGAGGCUGCUAAGUCACGCUCAACCACCAAGACUUAUCUAUGUGUCACCACUAGCGGAGUAGGACUGCGAACCGAAUCCUUUGAGCCAGGGAUAUAUCUCACCAAACGGGCCCAGCCCGUGUCGGUCUUGGACUCUGGAGAUUGGUCGUCUGGUGCGGCUGUAGAUAGGUAG